AUGGCAUUCAGUAUAACACGCCCAGCUUCUCCUCAACUUCCUACUUCUACUCCCAUAGAUGACCAUCUCAGUACAGCUCUUCACGCCGCUCUUAGUCGCGUACACGACGACAUGGUCCACCAAGACAGAUCACAUCAUCACCCACCACCUGACAAGUCUCGCAUAGACAUAAUCCUGGAUUCUGAUGUCCUUGCAUUGAAAGGCACAACAGUAGACAUCGAGCCUGCCUUACUUUCUGGACAUGUCGUCCUCACUCUCUCCCAAGCGACAUCCAUCAAAGAAAUAAAUCUCCAGUUUCGUGGCAAAACCCGCGUACCGCCCUCUCUUCACGAACCAAUUUCCCUGAACUCAUCUGGCCAGACAUACAGUAUCUGCACAUAUGAUUGGUCCUUCCUCGAAGGCGAGAAACGCCACUCUCAUACCCUCAAAGCAGGCAAACACCUUUUCCCAUUCUCGCUCGCCCUCGGCGGUUCCCUCCCCUCCUCAAUACACCUCCCCUCCACGGCUUCCCAAUCAUUCAUCUCCUAUAAACUCCGCGCAACCGCCGUCCGUCCUGGCUUCGCGCACAACCUCCAUGCAUCCCACCCUGUUUCCCUAAUACGAAGUCUCGCAACAGACUCGCUCGAGUAUCAGCAGACACUUGAAAUCGAGAACACAUGGCCUGAUAAACUCAUGUACACUCUUGUCCUCCCCCAUCGCGCUUGGGCUGCCGGUGAUACCGUUACUGCCCUCUGCAAGUUUCUCCCUCUCGCCAAAGGUGUCCGCGUCCUCAGCGUCGUCACCAACCUCAACGAGACCGUGAAGAUUCCUUCAAGGGGGAGCGAAUUCACCAGAGCUGUUGUGGCUACAAAACACGAGGUUACCAACGGUAAACUUAAGCUUGUCAGCGAAAGUUGGUAUGGCAUCAGACAGCCCAUCGGCACCGGUUCCAAAUCGCAUUCCCUUGGCCCUACCAAUGUCAGUGUGCCCACGUCUCCUGCUCAGGAGGAUAGAUCACCAAGUUUUCAUCUACCCGAUCUAUCCCUCCAUCAAGUCCCCAGCAUACCAUCUUCGUCCUCUUCGCAUUCCCACUCUCAGCCAAUCUCAGGCUCCUCCUUCGCUCCUUCACAUGAUUCCGAUUCCUCCCACGACGAACCCCCAGACGUCGCUUCAGGCGAAUUCACCUCAACAGACCUCAUUUCCCCGCUCUCCCUCACCCUCCCACCAACUCUUCCUCCGUCCCAUUCUUUUGACCCAAUCCACAUCUCACACCGAAUCCGCUGGUCUAUCCUUAUGUCAAACCUCGACGGGCAUACUUCUGAACUCCGCUGCAGCCUCCCCAUAACCAUACUCGAUGGGUGUCUCCUCACAGAAGCUCGCGCUGCUGGGCGUUGGGUCCGCCGUGUCGUUUUAGGCGAUCACGUACAAGGUGAAGGCGAGAGCGCUGGCGCAGGCAUCUUCGGAGAAGAAGACAACGAGGAGGAAGGUGAGAUGCUCCCCAGUUACACCGCUCACGUUAGGGACCGCGUCGCCAACGCCUUCCUACCUGCCGGAUCCACCAUGCGCGUCGUGAACCCCUAUGUGUCCACAGCACCACACAUUCCCCCCACACCAGGAAGUGCCACCAACGCAUCCUUCCUGCCGCGUUCAGGAACGAGCUCACCACCACAUCCACACUCACACUCACACUCACACUCACACUCACACUCACAUCCACAUGCGCAUGCACAUGCACACACACUCCCGCAGAGCGUACUCGAUUGGGUCAGUUGUGAACUUUUAGGUCAUCCACGAUCGCCGAAUUCUGAUCCUACGAGCCAAGUCCCAAGUCGGCUUGUUUCUCGUGCGCCUAGUCCCGAGCGGCGUAUGCGGGGGGCAAUAGGCCCGCCUAUAGCCAUCUCCGCCCCAGAUUCACACAGAUAUCCAGUGGUAUCAGACUCUGAAACGUAUACCCACUCACCGCCUGCAUCCCGCACGCGAGGCACGUUACUCACGGUCGCGAUGAAGCCACUUCCUUCUGGGUGGUUGAGCGGGGGCUCGAGGACUGGGAGCCAUUCCAAUCUUGCGGGGAUGACAAAUGGACACGGAUUGGGGAUGUCGAACGUCAGUGGGUCGUAUGGGGUGUCUGGGCAUGGAGGUGUGAGUAUAGGGAAUGCAAGUGGUGUUCUAGAUGGUGAAAACGUACACGCGAAUGCAGCACCCGACUAUCGCGUGUCGUUCCAGGGAUGUGUCCCCCCACUAUCGAGUUUAGCGGGUUUGCCCAGUUAUGAGGAGGCUGCUGGAUCUGGAGUGCGGCAGGAGACGCGACGGCCUGGGUUGCGUUUGAGUUUUGAUGGGAGACGGGGAAGGGCGCUGGAGGGGAGACGUUCUCCGUAUGAUGGUGAACAUUCUCCUCGCGAUGAGCAACAUCCUAUCCUCCAAGACGGGUCACACCAUAUCUUGCACGACGAGUCACUUCCAAUUAUGCAUGACGGGCGACAUUCUAGCACGCACGACAAUUUCCAUCCAAUUCAACACGAUAGGCCUCCUUCUAGUCCCCACGAUGCGCGGGACGGAAUACGGUUGAGGGUGCCGAUUCCUCGCUGGAGGAGGGAGAGCGGUGAGGGGUCGUAA